GACGACCAGCACCCCAACUCCCCACUCUCAUCAGACAGCAAUGGCCUCACGUCUAGCCAGGAGCGCGGUCGGCGCCGCCCGUCUCCGCCCAUCGCUUCCUCUCCGCACUCUUCCCUCCAUCGCCUACCAGGCCCGCUACAACUCCAAUGUGCCCCAGGAGGACCCCAAGAAGAAGGCCCAGUCCGUGCUCGACUCGAUACCCGUCCCCGGAAACAGCCCCCUCACCAAGGCCGCUGUACUCUCCGCCGGCGCUGGUUUGAGUGUCGCCGCUAUUAGCAACGAGCUCUACGUCGUCAACGAGGAGUCCAUUGUCGCCCUCUCGCUGCUGACCAUUUUCUGGGCUGUCGCCAAAUACGCUGGACCUGCGUGGGGAGAAUAUGCGCAACAACAGGCCGACAAGAUCUCCGGCAUCUUGAACUCUGCCCGCCAGGACCACACUGCCGCUGUCAAGCAGCGCAUUGAGAGCGUCCAGGACCUCGGUGGUGUCAUUGAUAUCACCAAGACCCUCUUCGAGGUUUCCAAGGAGACCGCCAAGCUUGAGGCCCAGGCUUUCGAGCUUGAGCAGAAGACCGCUAUUGCCGCGGAGGCCAGGUCCGUCCUCGACUCCUGGGUCCGCUACGAGGGCCAGGUCAAGCAGAGGCAGCAGCGCGAGCUUGCCGAGUCCAUCAUCGCCAAGAUUGAGAAGGAGCUUGAGAACCCCAAGACUCUCAAGCAGAUCCUUGACCAGAGCGUCACUGACGUUGAGCGGAUCGUUUCCCAGAAGGCAUAGACGUCCUGUGACAUCCACCGGCCAAGUUCAAUCAAUGUUACAUAAAUCUGUGCAAUAGUCAAGCUUCUUCAAUAUAGAGUACCCAAGGCUUGGGAAAAGGCCGAAUUGAUCUCAUUGUCG